AUGGCUUCCAACGGCAACAGCGUAAAUGGAAAGUCCGUUUCGGCCUUCGAUUCCUCCUCCACGAUUCCUCUAUGGCUAGACGGCAAACAAGUCAGCCUCUCCUCGACCUUUGACGUGAUCUCCCCGCUGGACCAGAAGACCUUGUACAAAGCCUCGGCGGCCAAUGAACAAGAUGCCUUGAAGGCCGUCGCCUCGGCAGAAACGGCGUUCAAGUCGUGGUCGAAAACGAAACCGUCAUUUCGAAGAGACAUCUUCAUCCGCGCAGCCGAGGGGUUCAAGAAGAGAAAGGAUGAACAAAGACAGUACUCAUACACCGAGACUGGCGCAGCCGAGUCCAUGUUCGCAUUCGAACACAACCUCGCCUACGAAGCGUGCCUGAGCGUCGCAGGACUCAUCCAGACCGCAAGUAUAUCGACCAUGCCCGUGGCCGGCGAAGAAGGCCUCAGCGCUCUGGUGGUCAAGGAACCGUACGGUGUGGUCCUGGGAAUCGCACCGUGGAACGCCCCCAACGUCUUGGGUCUACGUGCCUUUUUGCAACCUCUUGCCAUGGGCAACACGGUGGUUCUCAAAGGCCCCGAGUCCGCGCCGGCGACGUACUGGGCUCUCGCGUCCAUCCUCCACGAGGCAGGCCUCCCAGCAGGAUGCCUCAACACGCUGUACCACCGGCCGGCGGACGCGGCGAGCGUGACGUCGACGCUCAUCUCGCACCCGUCCGUCAAGAAGAUCAACUUCACGGGGUCCACGGCCGUGGGGUCCAUCAUCGCGUCGCAGGCCGGCAAGUUACUCAAACCCUGCGUGAUGGAGCUGGGCGGCAAGGCGCCAGCCAUCGUCUGCGAAGACGCCGACAUCCAGACGGCGGCGCUGCAGUGCGCGCUCGGCUCGUUCCUGCACGGCGGGCAGAUUUGCAUGGCGACUGAGCGCAUCCUGGUGCACGCCAAGGUGGCCGACGAGUUCCGGUCGGCGCUCCGCCAGACCAUGGACCAGGUGUUUGGGCCCGAGGCACAGGGUGGCAUGGGGGUGCCGCAGCUCGUGGCGGCGCUGCCCGUGACCAAGAACAAGGCGCUGCUGGCUGACGCCGUGUCCAAGGGCGCGACGGCCGUCUACGGCGACCCGACGCACUCCGAGGCCAGCGCGACCAAGAUGCGACCCGUCGUGGUCGAGAACGUCAAGCCCGGCAUGGACAUUUACCACACCGAGUCGUUCGGCCCGACCGUGUCGCUGUACGUCGUGCAGUCUGACGACGAGGCCGUCGCCAUCGCCAACGACACCGACUACGGCCUCUCGAGCUCCGUCUACACCGAGGACCUGCGCAGGGGUCUCCGCAUCGCCCGCCAGAUCGAGUCCGGCGCCGUCCACAUCAACACCAUGACCGUCCACGACGAGGCUGCCCUUCCGCACGGCGGGGUCAAGAAGUCUGGGUUUGGUCGUUUCAAUGGCCUACCUGGUUUGGAGGAGUGGGUCAGGACAAAGGUUAUCACAUGGAAGGAUUAA